CAACUUGCCCCACUAUUGCAACCCCUCCAUCCCACUUUGCGCUCUGAGAGUCUGUCUCGAGUUCCUUCAUCCAGACACUCACUCACUUACUAGGUGGUAAUUCAUCUUCCUCACCGUGAAAGUCAUAGCGUUUACUGGUGUUUACGACAUCGAGUGACUCCUGUCCAAGAUUUCCAACUCGUGCUCAAAUAGUCUCGUGGUCAUCUAGCACCUUAGUGUUAAGCCAAGACCCGCCAUCCACGUCUUGCCGCGGGGCAAUUUCCUCGACUCCGAAAUCUUUUUGACUUUCAACUUCCUUUUCAGACCUUACCUUACCAACCAACCUUCAACUCAACUCGACUCGACUCACUUCAACAGCGCAAAGCGUAAGCCAGCUGUCACCAUGCACAUCCUCCUCACCAAUGACGACGGCCCGCCAUCACCUCACUCCUCUCCCUACGUCCACUCCCUCGUCCACCAGCUCCAGCAAGCCGGCCAUGUCGUCUCCGUCUGCCUCCCGCACACGCAGCGCUCCUGGAUCGGCAAGGCGCACAUGAUCGGCCAGACCGUCAAGCCGCUCUACUACCGCCCCUCCACCGAGGGACUCUUUGGCACCGAGGGCACGACCACAACCCGGCCCUCAGCCAACGGCGCCGACGACGAGUGGAUCCUCGUCGACGGCACUCCGGCGUCGUGCGUGCAGAUCGGCCUGCACCACUUCUUCCAGGAGCGCGGGCCCGUUGACCUCGUCGUCAGCGGGCCCAACUACGGCCGCAACACGACGGCCGUGUUCGCGCUGAGCUCCGGCACGCUGGGCGGCGCCCUCGAAGCCGCGGUGUGUAAGAGCAAGGCGAUUGCGCUGAGCUACGCCUUCUUCUCGCGGAACCACGAUCCCGUCAUCAUCGAGGGCGCCGCGAGGCACUCGGUCAAGGUCAUUGAGAAGUUGUACCAGCAGUGGCCUGCGGGUGACGAGGUGGACCUGUACAGCGUCAACGUGCCGCUUGUCGAGGGCGUCGAGACGCACAAGACGUACUUUACGAAUAUGUUGCAGAACUAUUGGCGCGACGGCAGCUGUUUCCAGGAGAUUGAGGGUGAUGCUGGCGACGAGGAUGAGGAGGAGGAGAAGAUUCGCGAGGGCGCGUUUGGGGAGACGUCUGCUGAGAAGCCGAAGCAGAGCGAGGAGGCAAAGGCUGGGGGUGAAAUUGCCAAGGGCCAUCGACACAAGCACUUCAAGUGGGCGCCGAGAUUCACAGAUGUCUAUCAGAGCGUUGAGGAGGCUGCUCCUGGCAACGAUGGAUGGGCCGUCAAGGAGGGCUACACGAGUGUGACGCCCCUGAAGGCCAACUUCUGGCAUGCCGCCCAGGAACUCCACCAGAAGGAGCUGAUUCUUGACAGCCCGCAAGCUGAGGCGCCUGCAAAGGCAGAGACAGAAGUCAUUCGCUCGUCAACCAGACUUCCCAUGCGAAGUUCCACCUUUGGUGCCCAACAUCAGUCGACCACUGACACGACGACGGAGACGACAGUCGCAAACCCAAGAUUCCACGCCAUCAUCAACUACGAGGACCCGUACGUCCAACCGCUCAUCCUCGAGGCCAUGGAACGCCUCUUCCCGGGAGCAUACUCUCUCCUCCCCGCGCCGCAGGAAUCCGCUACCGAUGAAGACGCCGACAACGCCGUGAAACUCACCGCCAGCCUCCCCUCGCCCGACACAAAGAUCCUGCACAUCGCGCCCUACGAGUCCCUAGAUUUUGACCACGUCGCCGCGCACCCGACCACGUCCCUCGUAAACAGCUACGUCAUCCGCAAAGCCUUGAUCAGAAAACACUACCUGUCGUCGACGGUGGACCACUGGAUCGCCAAGCACCCUUCCUCGUCGCUCAAGACGCACGUCAAGCGCGGUGAGCACUUUGAGGUGGACUACGCCGAGUUCCUCGACGAUGCGCUCGUCGAGGCGUUUGAUCUGCGGGAGAGCAUGGACAAGAACGAAGGGAUCGAAGAGGAGAGCGGAAAGGAGUGGUGGAUUCUGAAGCCGGGGAUGAGUGAUCGCGGGCAGGGGAUUCGGCUGUUUAGCUCGAUGGAGGAGUUGCAGGGGAUCUUUGAUGAGUGGGAGGAGGAGAGGCCUGACAGCGAUGACGAAGAUGAGGAAGAAGGGGCUACUACCGCCGCCGGUGACCGCGAAGGAGGAGGGGACUACAUCACGACCUCGCACCUCCGCCACUUCGUCGCCCAGCCGUACAUCCACCCGCCUCUCCUCCUCCCCUCCGACGCCCGCAAGUUCCACAUCCGCACGUACGUCCUCUGCGUCGGGAGCCUCGACGUCUACGUCUACAAGCCGAUGCUGGCGCUCUUCGCGGGUAAGACGUACCGCGCGCCGUGGGAGGACGCGGACCUGGACGGUCACCUGACGAAUACGUGCCUACAGGGAGGGGGCGAAUCUGCCUUGCCGCCCGUGAAGCAGUUCUGGGAUCUGGUUUCGUCUUCGUCUUCUUCCGGUCUCCCCGCCGCCACGGCGGACCGCAUUUUUGAGCGGAUAUGCGACGUCACGGGCGACAUCUUUGAAGCCGCGGCGCGGGAGAUGACGAUCCAUUUCCAGCCGCUGGGCAACGCGUUUGAGGUGUUUGGGCUGGAUUUCCUCGUCGACCAGGAGGCUAGGCCCUGGCUGCUCGAGGUGAAUUCGUUCCCGGACUUCAAGCAGACGGGCGGGGACCUCAAGGGCGUGGUGGCCGGGUUCUGGGAGGAGACGUUGAGGAAGGCUGUUGGUGGGUUCUUUGGUGUUGAGCCCGUCGGUGGUGUUGGUGCUGCAGCAGAUGGAGACAUGGUUCAUGUUAGACGGGUUGAUUUGGGUAGACGGUAAGGCGUUUCUCUGCUUCCAUUGAACCCUUCGGCUUCCCUUCUUGGGAUUGGGCCAGAGACCGGGGCGCCGGUAGGUACGGAUGGUAGUUUGGAAACAAAAGGCAAGGCAGAC